GAGCAGCAAGAUACAUGUGCGCGGAUGCUUCAGGAGCAAAGAGAAAUCCAAGAAGCUACUGUGGAGGCAGCGAUGCAAGCGAAUGCGCAGGCCUUGCAGGAGCAGCGCCAGCAGUUCGAGAGUCUGCUGGAGGUGGAGCGUCGCCGCGCAGAUUUGGAGCACGACCGUUGUCAGCAGGUCGAGGAGAAACUUGCCUUGGCCUUGGAGCUGAAGGAAGAGGCGCUCGCGGCCGCGAGGACGAUUUCGGAGGCCCACGAGCAGAAAGUGGUGCAAAUUCAGGUCCGCAGCAGCCCGGAGUCUGGUGCGACAGAUCUGCCUUAGACACUAUCUGGAGAGACAUGUCUGAGAUCUCGAAGGCGAUGAAAGAGUAG